AGGGAAGUCCUCUCCUGUUUGUGCACAACUGCCCUUGCUACAGGAGAACUGGGACAGAGGACUGCUGUCUGCCCUCUCUGGUCACUCUGCGUAGCACAAGGAUCUGUCACUCCAGCCAUGAGGACCUUUGCCCUCCUCACUGCCAUGCUUCUCCUGGUGGCCCUGCACGCUCAGGCAGAGGCACGUCAGGCAAGAGCUGAUGAAGCUGCCGCCCAGCAGCAGCCUGGAGCAGAUGAUCAGGGAAUGGCUCACUCCUUUACAUGGCCUGAAAACGCCGCUCUUCCGCUUUCAGAGUCAGAGAGAGGCUUGAGGUGCAUUUGCGUACUAGGAAUUUGCCGUCUGUUAUAACGGCAUUUGCGGUCCUGCGACUUUUGUGGUUGACUCUAUCGGAUCUGUUGCCGCUGAGCUUGCAGAAUCAAGAAAAACAAGCUCAGAAGUUACUUUGAGAGUUAAAAGAAAUUCUUGUUACUCCUCUACCUUGCCCUAAAUUUCCUUUUCUCAUCCCAAAUAAAUACCUUCUCGCAAGA